UAAAAGGUCAUGGCAUUUCGUCACAAGACUGUACUGAGAAACUCGCCGGUUGUGGUUGAUUCCGUUUCUGUUACCGAUUUUCUAAUCCCCGAUCUGAUUUGAGCCGAGAAAAAUGGCUAAAAGGCGGAGAGAAAGACAAGAAAUAGACGGCCUCUCCUCGACACAUGCGGAAUCAAAUGAGGAUGCGAGUAAAACACCGAUACUCAAAGAAUCCCCCCAGCCAACUCAAGGGUCAACGCGGAUGUCACUUCUUAUUUUGGCUUUUAUCUUCACAUGUUCUGCCUCUUUCAUGUACCUGGUCUACAGACAUUUCCCUGAGCUCUCUGAAGACGAAAUGGAGAAAAUCAAGAUCCCUAAAGAUAUGGAAGAUGCCAAAGCUUUGGGGACAGUGUUGUCCAAAUACAAAGAUACAUACUACACUCAAGUACUGGUUGCAUAUUUUGCAACAUAUGUUUUUCUUCAAACAUUUGCGAUACCUGGAUCAAUUUUUCUAAGUAUCCUGUCAGGAUAUCUCUAUCCUUUCCCCCUGGCCUUAUUCCUGGUGUGCCUGUGCUCUGGCCUGGGGGCUUCUUUUUGUUAUAUGCUGUCUUACUUGGUGGGUAGACCCAUGGUUUACAAAUAUCUCACAGACAGAGCUCAGAAAUGGUCUCAGCAGGUGGACAAACAUAGGGAUCACUUGAUAAAUUACAUAAUCUUCCUGAGAAUCACCCCGUUUCUUCCCAACUGGUUUAUCAAUAUAACAUCCCCUGUCAUCAAUGUGCCUUUAGGGGUGUUUUUUAUUGGUACCUUUUUAGGAGUUGCACCGCCGUCCUUUGUUGCCAUAAAUGCUGGGACAACACUGUACAAACUGACCACAGCUGGAGAAGCUGUGUCCUGGAACUCUCUGGCUGUGCUGGGGAUACUAGCAGUGCUUUCCAUUUUACCUGUGUGCUUCCAGAGGAAACUACAGAAGAAACUGGAGUAGAGCACUUCACCUCAUGCUUUCCUUGUGUUCCUCCUCAGCUCAGGAACAAUGCAGCUGUCGCUCAACUGGCUGUGUGUUUGUGUGCAUCCACACUGCUCAUGACGCUGGUUACUGACCACCAGCUCAAUAAGAACUUACUGAUAAUUACCAAAUGCAUGCAGUGGUUGAGUGGUCCAUUGUACUGCAAGGAAUGCUGUUUGCAUUGGUUAAGUUUCUGUGAGUUGUAUUAUUUGUAUGCAUUUUAACAUCUAAUAAUUUAUAGCUCAUUUAUUUGAAGGUGCUACAGGCAGCAUAGAAUGGCAAGACCGAUUUUAUUCACUGUUUUUACUAGUUUAUAAUACUGCAACAGAUACAGAUACUGCUCAUAUGUUUCUGCAACAAUUAUGUUCUAUUCCAUUUGCAAUAUCUUCACACUCAUUUUGUGUACACUCUUAAUAUUUAUUGUUCAAAUCAGGUCAAAUAUAUGUUGACAGCAAUAAUUCGCAAAUUAUUGAUUGAACAAAAUGUCCUUUUAAAAAAUCUUAACUUUUUAUACCAGGUGCACAAUUGCCAAUGUAUGUGUUGAAGAGGUAGACUUGACUGAUGGUUGCAGCUGAUUUUACUGUCACAAAUAUUCUUCUUUCAACUGCUACUUAUUAAAGCUUAGCUAAUACAUGCUUAGAUUGUACUUUGGAUAGCAUUAAUCACAUAUCAUCACAUAUGAUCUUAAAGUAUUCCAUUGACUUCAGAAAAGAAUAACUUUUUCAAAAAAAAUAUUUAACCUGGUUAUUGUGCACUAAUACCACACUUUACUUUUAUAAUACAGAAAUAGACAGAAAUGUACAGCACUCCCCUAAUUACCUCAGUGCUAUUGACAGUCUUAAUGGUGCCUGCUGACAGCAGUGGAAGAGAGUGGAUGGUGCCUAUUUUGAGAAAUAUUUCAAUUAUACUGCAUGCUUUGUAUGUUCUGUGCCCCCCCCCCCCCACACACACACACACACCCUCACACCUACCCCCCUUUUUUUUUUCACAAUGUUGGUCUUUGCUUGUAUGCUAUAUGAAAAUAUAUUGCUGCUAAAGUUGUGGAAGAUUAAGUUAUACGGUGAAUGUACAUAGAAAGAACAUACAUUCUCUUUCAUCUGUUAAACUUGCUCAGUUUUAAUCUGAUGUCUUAAUUUGAUCUCUGAUUUGAAACCCUCAGUGUGCACUGAUCAACUUGUUUAAUUAAAAUUCAACCACAGAGAAUGAG